UGGACCAUAAUAAGAUCAAACUAGCUGUAAGUCGAGGUUAAAUCAGCUGUUCACCAUAAACAUACAUUUUUUAGUUGUUAUCAUAGUUUUGAUAUUCCUGUAAUUUGGCUGUGUGGGACUGACAAAUAAUAUAUAUAAGCAUGGAAAUCGAAACUGAGGAAAUAUUAGUAGAUCCUGCCACGCCUUCAGAAGUAUUAACCACCGGUGGUUAUUUCUUUAGCCAAUAUGGAUGGUUUAUAUUUGCUGGACUUGUGGUGCUUGGUAUAUAUUGGAAUAAAAUUCAAAAACAUAUAGACCGUUGGUAUGACAAAAGAGAAUCAAGGAAAUAUGCUGAGAAGUACCAUAAAAAUCCAGAUUUAGCAUUAGAGAGAGUAGAAGCUAUGGAAAGAGCUCGGAAGAAGCAGCAGGAAGAGCUGAAUAGAAAAGCACUUGAGCAUCAAGAAAAAAUGAAGGAGCGGGAACGGCAGCAGUUGAUGGAAAAAAUAGCCAAGGCUGAGAAGCAAGAGGGUGGGAACAGACUUGGAAAUGAUAGUGGUCCCUCUAAUUCUAAAGGAUUUAAAUCAGAUUACAACCCUCUAAUGGGAGACUCCAGUAGCAGGUACAAACCUCCAAAGAGAAGUGGCUGUUCUGGCGGAGGCUGUGGAGGUGGCAAGUGAACCAGUGUAAUUUUGUAUAAAUAUAUAUUAAUUAAGAAUGUUAUGUACUUUCCUAUUCUAGCCACGUAUGAGAUAGGUAACUAAUUUGUUAUUAUGGCUUUUGGACUAAAUAAUUUAUUUUAUUAUCCAUAAAAUAUAGAUUGUUGAUCUGAAGUACCUAAGUUAUUAUUUGUAUUGGUUUAUAAUUUUUUUAAUGUAAUAUCAUCAUGAAGUAAUAAUAAUGUAGAAAAACAUUACAAAAUUAAAAACAGAGGAAGUAUUCUGUUGUGAACUUCUAUAGUAAUUGUAAAUGUGUUGUAAUAUUUUUUUUUAUCUCAAUUGUAAUAUUUUUAAUAAAGUUAUACAAUUAUUGUUAAGUACAAGAUUGUAAUUAUUAUAUAUAUUGUUUUAUCCAUGUUAACUAAUUCAAUAAAAUAAUUUUCAAGCGUGAGCAGGUGCAGGAUAUAUAACCUAAGAAGAAGCCUGCCAAAAUUCCUGUGAGACAUGGCUAGAAUAAUUAAGUAUACAACUUUUAAUAUUAGACAUAAAUCCAGGCAAAAAAAUAAUAAAAAUUAAAAUACUAGUUAUAAUUUAAUAUUACAAUCAUCAAACAUCUAUAUGAGCAUUUAUAUAAUAUAUAGUAAUAAUACAGAAUUGCCAUAUAAUUUAUACAAUAUAUUGUUUUAUUAAUUUUAAUAUACAAAAUAGGAAGCCUUGUGAAAGGAUGUCACUUUAUCUAAUAGUUAAUCAGUCUUAUAAUAUAAUAUUACAAACAUAUAUAUUUAUAUAAUAGGCACAAUAUGGCAUAGUAUGAAAUAUUUGCCAUUAAUAAUUUUCAUAAAGAUUUUAAUCUGCAUUGAUUAUUACAAUGCAUUAGUAACACAGUAAGCAUAACUUAUUAAUAAUACUUUUCUUUAAUUGUUAUUUGUUUUAUUAACCAUUUAUUUUUAUUUUAUUGUUAUUUAAUGCCAUUAAACAUUUGUAUUUUUUUCUUUUACAUGCUAAAGAUUUUAUACAAAAUCCGUUAAAAUACAUUUCAUUAAUCAUGGUCAUAAAUUAAUAUUAUUUCAUGUCAUUUUACAAUGUAAUUAAUUUAUUUAGAUCAUUGUUGACAUGA